GGACGGCGGAAGACGAUGGCGACGCCGAAGCUGAUGAAGGUGUUUGUGACCCGUCGAAUCCCGGAGGCCGGAUUGAAGAUAUUGACCGAGUCCGGAAUAAUGAACCACCUCGCAUUUACAUCACAGUUACAGUAACCUUACAGCAAUCUCAAACAAGACAGAUUCUGCAGAUGCUGGAAAUCUGAAAAAUACACACAAAAUGCUGGAGGAACUCAGCAGGCCAGGCAGCAUGUCUGGGGAGAAAGCUGCAACAUUCAGCAAUGGGACUCAGACGAGCCUAUUCCCAGGGACAAGCUGCUGAAGGGAGUUGUGGGUGUUCAUGGCCUCUACUGUAUGUUGACGGACAAGAUCGACAGCGAUAUUUUGCAAGCGGCAGGGCCGUGUUUGAAAGUCAUCAGCACGCUUUCUGUUGGAUUUGACCAUCUCUCGCUGGGAGAAAUUAAAAACCGGGGAAUCCGUGUGGGCUACACUCCUGAUGUUCUGACUGACUCCACCGCUGAACUCACCGUGGCGUUGCUCUUGGCUACGUCUCGCCGACUGAUGGAAGCAGCAGAAGAAGUUAAAAAUGGAGGAUGGACUGCGUGGAAGCCCCUGUGGAUGUGUGGUCAUGGAUUAGCUGGAAGCACCGUGGGAAUAGUAGGCCUAGGACGAAUAGGCCUUGCAAUUGCUCAGAGACUGAUGCCAUUUGGAGUGAAGAGAUUCCUAUACACCGGACGACAGCCAAGGCCAGAAGCUGCUGCCAAAAUACGUGGUGAAUAUGUGCCUCUGAAUGAAUUGGCUGAAGAAUCAGACUUCAUUGUUGUAUCGUGUUCCUUCAGUCCUGAAACCAAGGGAAUGUGUAACAUGGAUCUGUUUUCCAAAAUGAAGAAGACAGCAGUAUUUAUUAACACCAGCAGGGGACCAGUGGUAAACCAGGAUGAUCUUUACAAGGCUUUGACCACUGGACAGAUUGCUGCCGCAGGGCUGGAUGUCACUGAUCCAGAGCCAUUACCCACCAGUCAUCCUCUGUUGUCACUGAAAAACUGCGUUAUACUGCCCCACAUUGGAAGUGCCACUUAUGCAACUAGAAGCACCAUGUCUGUACUGACAGCCAACAACAUCCUGGCUGGUCUAAAAGGAGAGCCGAUGCCAAGUGAAGUCAAACUGUAACUGGAAAGAUUUGUUCAUGUGCACACAGAAAAAAAUAUUCUUUCAAAAUUAUAUGUGAAUUUAGUUUGGAAUACUUGAACAAUUAGUUUAUUAACAUUUGAAUUAAAAAAAUUGAAAACUUGUAAUUGAAUUAAAAUAUAGGCAAGUAAGAAUGGAGAAGUCAGGCUUUGCUUACAUUUGAAACUAGAAAGUGUGAUCAAGUAAAAUGAAGCUCAGAAGCAUGGUGUAAUGCAGGCCACUUAGUUCCUUGAACCUGGAGAUUGUGAUUCAUCUCUGUCCCAGUUCCAUAUACAUGCAUUUUCUAAAUUCGCAUAAUAAGAUUUUAAAUAAUUGACCCAGAGUCAGUUGCUGUUUGUGGAAGGGCCUUCUAAUUUUUUUUUCCAUACUUUAUAUCCUGGAAGCCAUUCUAAAUUUUGAGACAUGGCCUUCUAGUAUAUCUUCAACAUUCAAAAAUGUCAGCCUGUAAUUAAACCUUUGAAAAAGUGCAGUGUGGAUAAUGAUAUGUGAGCUCAAACACCAGUAUAUCUAUCCUCAAGAUACUGCUGUCUGAGUUCUGGGUAUAAUAUCAAGGCCAGCACUCCAUUAGCCUUUUAAUUACAUCUUGUACUUAUUUUAUUUUUGGGCCUCCACUGUUCCAAACUUAUGUACCUUUAUAGUCUUUUCAAUCACUGAGGUGAAGCCGUUGAUGCUGUUUUCCACUUCCAGAAGGCAAUGCUGACAUUACAGAACAUCAUUUUCAUUCUCAAAGAAUUGAAGUAUUAACUAAGUUAAAGGACAUGUUAAUGGAAUUUCAAUAAUGAACCACAACGGUCAGUUCAAAAGUAACAUGUUACACGUGGUCCAGUGUUGGAUUUGUUAUGCCCAGACCCAGGAAUGUACAUAAGCCAAGCUUUAACUUUAGAUGGACUUGCAGCUGGGGAAUAUUUCCAAUUUUAUUUGCACUCCAAUCUCAGUUUUACAGUCCCCAGACCUCAUCAAGUAAAUAAAUUCAAAGUCAAUAUAAAUUCAGCAGUUUGGAGAUCGUUGGGAUCAUCAUCAGAUCUAACAUUAUUGUUGGGAGCAAUGAAAGGGUUUAUUUUUUGUCAGUAAUUAGGAAUCAUUUAUAAAAUUGACAUCUUCGUAAUACUUUUUUUGUUUAUUUUCCAAAGUUCUACUUGCACUCCUAUUAAUUCUGUUUACUGAGACACUAUCUGUAGUGUAAACAUGCCAGAAUGUUAAUAAUAAAAG